GAAGUAAACCCGCGAUACGCGAGCUAGAAACAUGUAACGUUAUUUCAAAUUAAUAACAGAAGACUUUCCUGAAUUUUAUCGCAAUAAUUGUUUUCAGAAAUUAAUAAAAGUCACAUCCAAGACACAAUGCGUAUGUAUACAUAGACGUAUGGGACGUUAUAACACCACACAAAAAAUCCCCCAAAGUUUAGAUGUUUUACUCACACUAGCUAGUAGCCUACCUAUUUCUGAAGAAAGUCCAAGAAGAUGGAGGAUAUUGGGAUGGAGGAAGACUCUGCCGAGAUUUCGGGAUCUGCACAGAAACAAGGGGUGGCUGAUGCCUGGGAGACUGUCACUGCUGCUUUGAUGUCCCCUGGUGGCCCGGGGCCGGAGCAGGGCCUCUGGGACUCGUUGGCCCUGCUGAGCGGGGAGGGUCUGGGCCGGCUGCUGGGCGGCUGGCUGCUGGAGACCCUGCAGAUGCGUCUGUCCUCCGCCGUGGUUCCAGAGUUCUGGGCCGAACUCAAACAGCCAGAGAACGAGCUGGAGGAGAGAGGCCGGGCCUGGGUUCUGCUCACCGCCUUCCAGACUCUGUUAGGACGACUGGAACCUUUCCUGGGUGGUCUGGAGAGGCUAGAGUCGUGGCAGGACGAGGGCCGUGGCAGUGUCUGUGGGCCGGGGCCCGGGGGCCUGCAGGAGCGAGCCUUCACCAUCAUCAGGGCCCUCCUCCUCUUCUCCCCCUCCCCCGUCCUCCAGGAGCGAGUGCUGGAGUUUUACAGCAGGACCUUCUCCGUCUACAUGCACCAGGAGGGGCAGGCGGAGGACGGUGCCGAGGCUCCGGAGGGGCCCGAGGGAGGGGUCUGUCCGGGCUGCGGGGUCCCCACUCAGCAGUGCUGGUGUAAGGAGGCCCUGGAGCAGCUGAAGGAACUCAGCCACAUACUAUCCAAGCUGCAGCUGCUGGAGUGGGUGAGCUGCGAGGCCGUCACCUCCAUCCUCCACAAGCUCAUCGAGCAGCGCAUGGAGCAGCACUGCAGGGGCGAGUACGAGCGCUCUUUCCUGCUCGAGUUCCAGACGUGGCUGGAGCUGGUUCUGGGCUGGCUGAGCAAAGUGUUUGCAAGCGAGGCAGAAAAGGACGGUCUGGUACCUGCUCCUGGGGCUCCUGGUGCUCCUGGGGCUCCUGGUGCUCCUGGUGCUCCUAGCGUUCCCAGUACUCCCAGUCUCCAGGCGGGCCAGCCGGGCAGUUCCGUCCUGAAGCAGUGGAGAUGCCACAUGCACCAGUUCUUCUGCCGGAUCUACGUCAACAUGAGGAUCGAGGAGCUCUUCAGUAUAAUCAGAGAUUUCCCAGAAUCCAAAGCAGCCAUUGAAGAUCUGAAGUUUUGUCUGGAAAGAACCAACCAGAGGCAGCAGCUCCUCACUUCUUUAAAGUCUGCGUUUGAGAGCCGUCUGCUGCACCCGGGGGUUCACACGUCAGAUAUCCUCACGGUUUACAUCUCGGCCAUCAAAGCCCUCCGAGAGCUGGACCCCUCCAUGGUCAUCCUGCAGGUCGCCUGCCAGCCCAUCCGCAAGUACCUCAGGACCCGGGAAGACACGGUGCGGCAGAUCGUGGCCGGCCUCACCGGAGACGCUGAGGGCUGCACUGAUUUAGCCUCGGAGCUGUCCAGAGGAGACCCGGUGACUCUGGAGAUGCAGGACAGCGAUGAAGAAGGGGCCGACCCAGAGGACUGGACUCCAGACCCCACCGACGCUGUUCCUGAUAAGAUGGGCUCGAAGCGUCGCUCGUCAGACAUCAUCAGCCUGCUGGUCAGCAUCUACGGCAGUAAGGACAUCUUUAUAGACGAAUACAGAGCCGUGCUGGCAGACAGACUGCUGCACCAACUCAACUACAACACCGCCAGAGAAAUCCGUAACGUGGAGCUGCUGAAGCUCCGGUUUGGAGAGUCCCACAUGCAUUACUGCGAGGUCAUGCUGAAGGACAUGGCGGACUCCCGGAGGAUCAACAGUAACAUCCGGGAGGAGGAGUCCCGUCUGAGCGAGGAGGAGCAGCCCCCCCUCUCCCUGUCCUCCAUCAUCCUGUCCUCCGAGUUCUGGCCUCCGCUGAAGGAGGAGAAGCUGGAGCUGCCCCCCGUCGUCUGCCAGGCCAUGGAGGCCUACACCCACCGCUACGAGAAGCUCAAGGCCAUGAGGACGCUGAGCUGGAAGCCUCACCUGGGCUCCGUCACUCUGGACCUGGAGCUGGAGGACCGCACCCUCACCAACCUCACCGUGUCCCCCAUCCACGCUGCCAUCAUCCUGCACUUCCAGGACAAAAGUUCCUGGACGCUGGAGGAGCUGAGCGUGAAGCUGGGGGCCCCGAAGGAGCUGCUGCACAGGAAGCUGGCUCUGUGGCAGCAGCACGGCGUGCUGAGGGAGGAGGCGGGGGGGCGCUACUACGUGGUGGAGACGGGCUCGUCCAAAGAGAAGAUGGACAGGGGGGUGAUGCUGAUCGACAGCGACGAGGAGAGAGACUCCAACACCACCACCCAGUCGGAGCAGAGGGAGGAGAAGCUGCAGUUGUUCUGGGCCUACAUCCAGGCCAUGCUGACUAACCUGGACAGCAUGACGCUGGACCGCAUCCACUCCAUGCUCCGGAUGUUUGUCGCCACGGGACCCGUCGUCACGGAGAUGGACAUUAAUGAGCUGGAAGGCUUCCUGCAGAGGAAGGUGAGGGAGCAUCAGCUGCUGGUGUCUACAGGCGUCUACAGGCUCCCCAAAGCAAACUGAUGGGAAUGGGGGGGGGGGGGGACAAGGAGAGUGUGACAGCAGUACUAAAGGUGCUGAUUGCAGCUAUAAAAAUGACUUUGUGCAGACAGACUUUUAUCUGAUUAACUCUGACAUUUAUGUGACAAGCUGAAAGAAUUCAUUAACUUCAGAGUUAUUUUCAUCAGCGUGUCAAACUGGAUUUUCACGUGAUGUAUGAAUGCAGCAUUUUCUUACUGGGGCAUUCCUCUGAAAAGUUGGAUUUCAAAAUAAAAGCACUUCGAAUCAGUGCAGUGUUUUGAUGCUGCUUCCACAUUGCUGUGGUUACUGGUGUUGAACACAAAUGUAUUGUUAAUAUGAAAGCUCUUUAAUGUCUCCUGUGUGUGUCUACUUCAAAUGAACCAGGAAGGACACUAUAUUUGUACUUACUAUGGUGUUUAAACAAUGCUCAAUCGGUACUAAGGGGCCUAAAGUAUGCCAAGAAAAUAUCCCCCUCACCAUUACACCACCACCACCAGCCGCAGCAGAAAUCAAGACUCAUCAGACCAGGCAACAUUUUUCCAAUCUUAUAUUGUCCAAUGUUGGUGAGACUGUGUGAAUUGUAGCCUCAGUUUCCUGUUCCUAGCUGUGACAGGAGUAGAACCUGGUCUUCUGCUGCUGUAGCCCCUCUGCUUCAAGGUUCCACGUGUUGUGGUUCAGAGAGGGUCUUCUGCAUACCUUUGUUUCAACGAGUGGUUAUUUGAGUUACUGUUGCCUUUCUAUCAUCUUGGACCAGUCUGGCCAUUCUCCUCUGACCUCUGGCAUCAGCAAGGCCUUUCCCCCCAGAGAACGGCCGCUCACUGGAUAUUUUCUCUUUUUGGGACCAUGUUCUGUAAACCCUAUGAUUGUGUGUUAGAAUCCCAGUAGAUCAGCAGCUUCUGAAAUACUGAGACCAGCCCGUCUGGCACCAACAACCAUGCUACGUUCAAAGUCCCUUAAAUCACCUUUCUUCCCCGUUCUGAUGCUCUGUUUGAACUUCACCAUGCCUACAUGCAUUGAGUUGCUGCCAUGUGAUUGGCUGAUUAGAUAUUUGCGUUAACGAGGAGUUGAACAGGUGUACCUAAUAAAGUGGCCAGUAAUUCAAUUCAA